UGAGCAUUGAAAGUUGAGUUUGAGUGGUGACGAUGGCUGAGAAACAGCACAAGCUCCUGAUCGCGAAUCGCGGCGAGAUCGCAUACAGGAUUCUUCGCACGGCGAAGCGUUUGGGCAUACCAACUGUCGGAAUCUACACUUCGGUAGACGCUGUUGCGCCGCAUGUGCUGGAAGCUGACGAGUCGUCACCUGUCGGAAAUACUGCCGACGGAGAGGGGGCUGAUCCGCAUGGCUACCUGGAUGGCGACGCUAUCAUCGAAAUCGCUAAGAGGCAUGGAGCCACGCUCAUUGCUCCUGGAUAUGGCUUCCUCAGUGAGAACGAAGAUUUCGCACGGAAAUGUGCCGCGGCAGGGUUGAUCUUCCUCGGGCCGACCCCGGAGCUCAUUCGCCAAAUGGGCCUUAAGCACGAAGCGCGGAAGCUCGCUGUCGAAGCUGGAGUUCCGGUGGUCCCGGGAAGUGAGCUUCUCACAGAUGAGGAGGAAGCGGUCAAAUUCGCAAAUAAGCUGGGCUAUCCUGUUAUGCUUAAGGCAACGGCGGGCGGAGGAGGGAUGGGUCUGCAGGUCUGCAACAAUGAUCAAGAGCUGCGCCAUAAGUACGAAGCAACCCAGAGCAGGAGCAUGACGCUUUUUAAAGACGGUGGUGUCUUCCUGGAGAGAUACUUCCCUCACAGCAGGCACAUUGAAGUUCAGGUGUUUGGAAACGGGAAACAUGUCAUUCACAUUGGCGAGCGGGAAUGUUCGGUGCAGAGACGGCACCAGAAGGUGAUCGAGGAGACGCCUUCACCAUUCAUGCUCCGUCACCCAGACACACGGCACAAACUCUGCGAUGCGGCUGUUCGACUCGCGAACCUCAUCGGAUACAAGUCAGCGGGAACCAUCGAAAUGCUUGUGGACGAUGACACUGGAGAGUUCUUCUUCCUCGAAAUGAACACCAGGCUUCAGGUCGAACAUGCUAUAACCGAAGCAGUCAACCCCGGUCUGGAUAUUGUCGAGCUUAUGAUUCGACAAGGGAUUGAAGAGUCCAAAGGGGGACGACUGUCAGAGAAGGAGCUACACCAGGAGAGAUAUGUUAACCUUCCUAAACUUCACGCUUUCGAGGCUCGCGUGUAUCUUGAGAAUCCCACUGCAAACUUCCAACCCUCUCCUGGUCUGCUUCAGCACGUGGCCUGGCCAGCUCCGCACCCUUGGUUGCGAAUAGAUACGUGGGUGGAGACUGGCACCAAGGUCUCUCCAUACUACGACCCUCUGGUCUGCAAGAUCAUUGUGACGGGCCAUGACCGAAACCAAGCGAUCCGACACAUGCUAAAGGCACUGCAUGACAGCCAGCUGUUUGGCCCUACUUCAAACAUGGAUUAUCUCCAUGCAAUUUUCUCUUCCGAUGUGUUCAUCAAAGGAAAUGCCCUCACCUCAUUCCUGGCCAACUUUGACUACGUCCCGCAUGCAAUGGAUGUUUUAGUUGGGGGUCUGAGCACCACUGUGCAGGACUAUCCUGGCAGAUCGGUUGGGUUUGGUAUUCCACGCAGCGGGCCCAUGGACUCGCUUGCCUUUAGAGCUGCCAACCGCCUCGUGGGAAACGCUGACACUGUAGAAGGUUUAGAGAUCACUGUGAUGGGACCUCGCCUAAAAUUCCAUGUUGCUACCGUAGUCGCUGUGACAGGUGCUCCGACUAAAGUUACUGUGAACAAAGUGGUUGUGCCGAUGUGGUCUCGCAUAAUGGUUCCAGCUGGAGGCAUUCUUCAGAUUGGUACAUGUUCUGGAAAUGGGUUCCGCGUGUACUUGGCAGUCAGGGGGGGUUUCCCUAAUAUUCCACAAUAUCUGGGGAGCAAGAGCACGUUCGCCGCCUGUAGUAUCGGAGGAGUGCAGGGCCGCCCACUCGCUACUGGGGACCAAAUCGUGCUAGCUUCCAAUUGUGGCCCUUCAUCAAGCUCUGAAGCCCAAUAUCACGUCGACCCGAAGUGGAUUCCUGAAUAUCCCACAGACUGGAUUGUAUUUUGUGUUUCUGGUCCACAGGGCGAUGAGGGCUAUGUCACGCCGGAGGGUAUCGAUGCCUUUUAUGAAACCCAAUGGAAGAUCUCCACUUCGUCCAACCGUAUGGGACUUCGUCUCGAGGGAGCAAAGAUCAAAUGGUCUCGGGAGAAUGGCGGCCAGGGAGGCAGUCAUCCUAGCAAUAUUAUCGACAAUGGUUAUGCCAUGGGUUCGAUCAAUGUGAACGGUGAUACACCUGUCAUUCUCACCCAUGACGGUCCUUCCAUGGGCGGUUUCCUAUGCAUGUGCACUAUUGUCGAGGCUGAUCUGUGGAAAUUGGGCCAGCUUCGGCCCGGAAAUACCGUGCAAUUCCGUCGCAUCUCAUUAGAGGAUGCACGCGGCCUGAAUGAACAUUGUAAUACGUGGCUGGAUGCUGUGGAAGGGAAAACGCCUCUCAAGCCGCAGCGUGGAGCGCUGGACUAUGUACCUUCUCCCCAUUUCAGGUAUGAUCCCAAACUGGCAGUGUAUCCAGCGGAUGAAAGCACCGGCCGGCCCGAAGUUGUGUAUCGUCAGGCGGGAGAUGAAUACAUUUUGAUUGAAUUUGGGCCAUCAGAUCUCGACCUGUCUAUUCGUGCCCGUAUCCAUCUGUUCGAGCUCGAAAUCACCAAACAGAGUUGGCCAGCAGGUGCUAUACGAAGUCUGGCGCCGUGCAUUAGGAGUACAAUAGUCCACUUCGAUCCAGCUCUGAUUUCUCAGGAUGCACUUCUGGACCGGCUCAUUCUUGUGGAGAGAGCGCUUCCUGCGACGCUUGGUGACCAGACCUUCCCCAGCCGUGUUCUCCACAUGCCUAUUGUUCUCGAUGAUCCAUGGUGCCAGGCAUGCAUCGAUGAGUACAUGAGAACCACCCGGGAUAAGGCAACGUAUCUCCCUUCAAAUGUGAAGUAUCUGGCGGACAACAAUGGUCUUGAGGGCGGCUCGAAAGAAGCCCUUCAGCUCCUGAUCCAGUCUGAAUGGCUUCUUCUCGGCCUUGGCUUCUACCUGGCGUGUCCAUUCCUUGUGCCAAUCGACCCUCGUUGUCGCCUUAUUGGAGCAAAGAUGAACCCUUCAAGAACAGCGACACCAGAAGGUGCCGUGGGAAUUGCGGGUCUUGUGGCCGCGAUCUACCCGCUGGCCAGUCCAGGAGGGUAUCAACUGUUUGGUCGUACUCUAUCCACAUGGCGUACGUGGGGAACAGGGAAAGGGUUCUCCCGAGAGAAGCCGUGGAUUCUCGAGAUGUUCGACAGGAUCAAAUUCUAUCCAGUAACUGUGGAGGAGUAUGAGAAGCUGCAGAAGCAGGUUGCCGGUGGCACUCACGUGUUCGACGUGCGCGAGGGAGAAUUCUCGAUGAAGGAAUAUAACGCGUUUGUCGAAAGCAUACGACCAGAGAUAGAAGAGUUCAAGCGCAAACAAGCCGAAGGUGUGAAGAACACUGAGGAAAGGGAAGCGUUGAUCAUGCAUGAGUGGGAGGAGGAGAAAUCCAAGGCUGCACACUUGCACGAGGGGCACCAUGCGAGUGGUCAUUCCAAGGUGAACGAUCCGUUCAUCCCGUCGAGCAUGACCGCAACGUGCUUCAAGGUCAAGAUCCAGCCGGGAGAUAUCCUGCAAGACGCGGAUCAAGUCGUCGUCAUCCUGGAAGCGAUGAAGACCGAGAUCGGUGUUACGGUGGGGGAUGACUUUGUUGGCAAGAAAGUCAAGGCGGUCUUGGUGGAGCCGGGAGAUGCAGUCAGUUCGGGAGACCCUCUGGUGACGGUCGAAGAUGCUUAGGUAGACAAAGGGCAGAGCCGAAACGUGACCAGCGAUGUUC